AAGACAUGAACCGGUGCAUCUUGCUCGCUCUCUUACCCCUUAUUUCAGCGAUUCCAGUUGCUGUUAAUAUAGAUGAUCAAGACGCAGUGAAUUUGGGAGCUUACGAUCGAGCACGAUUUGAUCUCGUAGAAAGUUUCCACCCUCUUCAGCCAGCUUCUGCAGUUACAAACGAUCAAAUUGCUGAAGUGCGUGCCAAAGCAGCUGGUGUGAGGCAAAACGAAGCUUCAAUUUCAAUUGACUUGCCAACACAAAUGCUUUCCGGGAGUUCGGGAAGAAUUCCAGAAAGAUUGGCGUUCGGAGAAUGGACUGAGUGGACUUCAUGGUCAAUGUGCCAAAAUGGAGAGAGAUCAAGAGUUCGUACAUGUGUUUCCAGAAAACCAGCUCUUCGUGUUGUAUGCCACGGAGAUGCUAUUGAGAUUGAGAAAUGCUACGUUGACGCCGGAGAAGGUCAUAUUCCAGUUGCCGCCGACCCAUGGUCCAUCGAACGUGAGAUUAGCGGAGAUUUUGCCUAAAUCCGAACAAUUUCCGAAGAGAGGAGCACAGAGACCUCUUAUUUAAUAAUUCAUUCAUUUUCUCACAGUCAGUUCUCGAAUUGUAUGCACUAAUUGUUAUUUUCGUUUUCCAAUUCAAUCUAAUAAUAAUUUAUUUAUUU